UGAUAUAAUUUCUUAUAGUUCAACAGAAGAUUUGUUUCAAAUUUGCAAGUCAAGUUUGAUUAAAACGUUGUUCACGUUGUGCAAGCACGGGACUAAAAGCAAACUAGCUUAUAAGCACAGAGAGACCCCUCGAGAUAGAUUUAUUGGGGUGCGGUAAUCACAAAGCAACACAAUUCUUACAAAUACAAUAUCAUCUCUAUAAGCUUCUCAACGGCAAUAAACAUUAUGCAAAUAAAAGACGUGGCCCAAUAGAGUCUGAUUAUCGUCAAAGGAAAUCUUAAUAUAAAAGCAAACGCAUCCGGAUAUACAAGAACACUCGUAAGCAACACCUGUUGAUAUCAAGUUCAAGAGCCGGCAAUAAAACAAUACAAAAUGUCCAAGCAAGUUGUUAACGAAUUCCAUGUGGCGCCCGUUUGGCUUACACGUGAUUAUGUCGAACAGAAACUGCGAUUGCAUCUCAAGGAUAAGACUCUACAGCUGCAGGAGUUGCAGAUUCAGCCAGCCACAGCCAAUGGAGAAAAUUAUUCAAGUGUGAUGACGCGCAUAAAUGUGAAAUACAUGGACAAAACUGGGAAGAACACGAAGGAUACAUACCUGGUGAAGACUACAUUUGCUGACAAGGAUCCGACGGCUUAUUUGCUGGAGCCCUACGGCAUUUAUGUCCGAGAAAUGAACAUGUAUGAAGAAGUGCUGCCCAAGAUGUCAGAUAUUCUGAAGCAGAGCCUCGGCGAUCAUUACCAGCAGUUGUUUGCAGGUACAAUGAAUGUGGAUCGAGAGCGUAAUUCGAUCAUAUUUCAGGAUCUCUCCUUGGAAAACUUUUUUGUGGCUGAUCGUAUAAAGCAAUUGGAUCGCGAGCACGCUCAAUUGGCAUUGGAAAAACUGGCCUUAUUCCAUGCAGCUUCCACGGUGCUUAACCAAAGGCAACCUGGCAUAUUUGCCGAUAAAUACGAACGAUGCUUCUUCAAUAAACACACCCGAGGAUAUCAGCCCAUGAUGGAGAAUAUGAUAAAAGCUUUGCAACUAUCCCUUAGAGAUGAUGAGGAACUGUAUCCACGCUAUGGAGAAAAGCUCAAAAGAGUCGCUGAACAUAUUAUGGAAUAUUGCGAAAGACUAAUGGAACCAAAGCAGGACGAUUUUUUGACCUUGUGCCACGGUGAUCUUUGGACAGCGAAUAUGAUGUUCCAUAACAACGCACAAGGAAGACCUGACAAUGUGUUAUUAAUAGAUUUUCAGUUUAGUGUCUGGAACUCACCGGCUAUAGAUUUGCAUUACUUUUUCUGCACAUCUUUCCAAGACGACCUUUGCCAUACCGAAAUGGUUCAAUUCUAUUAUACAAAACUUGUUCAGGCUUUGAAGAAUCUCAACUUCAAGGGCCACAUACCAAGUCUUUUUGACUUUCAGCUACAGUUCCAAGCUCGUGCUUUUUAUGGUAUUUUUGCAGCCUUUGCUUUUCAACCUUGCAUGUUGCAUAUUGGAAAAGACGAGUUUUCCAUAAGAAGAGCAAUUUGUCCCUCAAAAGAAGCUGAAGCAGUGCGAAUUUCUCUUUAUAAAACCGAAAUCAUGCGACAGAAAAUUAAGAGGUUUUUGCCAAUUUUUGAUCGCUUGGGUUUGUUGGAUGAUAUGUAAAUUUAUUUUUAAAUGA